AUGGGGCAGCAGGUGGGCCGCCUCGGGGAGCCGCCCGCCGGCCUCCAGCACCACCAGCAGCAGCAGCAGCCGCGGGCACCGCGCGGGAGCAGCGCGGGCAGGCCGGCGGGCCGCCGGCGGGAGGCGGCCGGGCGCACGGCUGAGGGCGGCUUCAACGUCUUCGCCCAGCACGGUGAGCGGGGGGAACGGGCCGGGGGCGGCCUGCCUCACAAAGGCAGGAUACUGGGUGAGGCCCUGCACCGCCCCUAUGGUUGUGAUGUUGAACCCCAGGCACUGAACGAAGCCAUCAGGUGGAGCUCCAAGGAGAACCUGCUUGGAGCCACUGAGAGCGAUCCCAACCUCUUUGUUGCACUUUAUGAUUUUGUAGCAAGCGGUGACAACACGCUCAGUAUCACCAAAGGUGAGAAGUUGCGAGUCCUGGGUUACAACCAGAACGGUGAAUGGAGCGAGGUACGUUCAAAGAAUGGGCAGGGCUGGGUACCAAGCAACUACAUCACGCCAGUGAACAGCCUGGAAAAGCAUUCAUGGUACCAUGGGCCGGUGUCACGCAGUGCAGCAGAGUAUCUGCUGAGCAGUCUCAUCAACGGCAGCUUCCUGGUUCGUGAAAGCGAGAGCAGCCCCGGGCAGCUAUCCAUCUCGCUCAGGUACGAGGGACGUGUUUACCACUACAGGAUCAAUACCACCUCAGAUGGAAAGGUUUAUGUGACAGCAGAGAGCCGUUUCAGCACACUAGCAGAGCUAGUGCACCAUCACUCUACAGUAGCUGAUGGCCUGGUGACAACUUUGCAUUACCCAGCACCUAAGUGCAAUAAGCCCACUGUCUAUGGAGUGUCUCCCAUCCACGACAAGUGGGAGAUGGAGCGGACUGAUAUCACCAUGAAGCACAAACUUGGGGGCGGGCAGUAUGGCGAGGUGUACGUUGGUGUCUGGAAGAGAUACAAUCUCACGGUCGCUGUGAAGACAUUAAAGGAAGAUACCAUGGAGGUGGAAGAGUUCUUGAAAGAAGCUGCUGUGAUGAAGGAAAUAAAGCAUCCAAAUCUAGUGCAGUUAUUAGGUGUGUGUACCCUGGAGCCACCCUUUUACAUUGUGACAGAAUACAUGCCAUAUGGGAACCUACUAGACUAUUUACGGGAAUGCAACCGGGAGGAAGUGAGUGCCGUUGUGUUACUCUAUAUGGCCACUCAGAUCUCCUCUGCUAUGGAGUACCUGGAGAAGAAGAACUUCAUUCACAGGGACUUGGCAGCACGGAACUGCUUAGUUGGAGAAAAUCAUGUGGUGAAGGUGGCCGACUUUGGCUUAAGUCGACUUAUGACUGGAGAUACAUAUACAGCUCAUGCUGGAGCCAAGUUCCCAAUCAAGUGGACUGCUCCCGAGAGCUUGGCCUAUAACACCUUCUCAAUCAAAUCAGAUGUGUGGGCCUUUGGGGUGCUGUUAUGGGAAAUUGCUACCUAUGGGAUGUCACCGUACCCAGGCAUUGACCUCUCUCAGGUGUAUGAUCUGCUGGAAAAGGGCUAUCGAAUGGAACAACCGGAGGGGUGCCCUCCAAAGGUUUAUGAAUUGAUGAGGGCGUGUUGGAAGUGGAACCCGCCUGACCGACCUUCCUUUGCUGAGACCCACCAGGCCUUUGAAACCAUGUUCCACGACUCGAGCAUCUCGGAGGAGGUAGCAGAGGAGCUCGGAAGAACAGCCUCCUCCUCAUCCAUAGUUCCUUACUUGCCCCGGUUGCCCAUGCUUCCCUCCAAGACUAGAACACUGAAGAAGCAGGCAGAGAACAAGGAGAACAUUGAAGGAACACAAGAUACUCUGGAGCAUUCAGCUUCCAGCUCAGCACCAGGUUUUAUCAGAAGCACACAGCCAACAAGUGGGUCUCCCGCACUGCCUCGCAAGCAGAGGGACAAGUCACCCAGCAGCCUGCUGGAGGAUGCCAAAGAGACCACUUUCACCAGGGACAGAAAAGGUGGCUUCUUCAGCUCCUUUAUGAAGAAGAGGAAUGCGCCCACACCUCCCAAGCGCAGCAGUUCCUUCCGGGAGAUGGAGAAUCAGCCCCACAAGAAAUACGAGCUAACGGGUAACUUCUCAUCUGUUGCUUCCUUGCAGCAUGUGGAUGGGUUUGCUUUUGCUCCCACGCAGCAGGACGCGAGCCUGGCACCACCCAAGUGCUAUGGUGGGGGCUUUGUGCAGAGGACCUUCUACAACGACGAUGGCACUGGUUUCUUUACACCACGGUUGAUUAAAAAGACACUGGGUUUACGACCAGGAAAACCUACUGGCAGUGAAGAAACUUCAAAGCCUUUUCCAAGGUCAAACUCCACAUCUUCCAUGUCCUCAGGGCUUCCAGAGCAGGAUAGGAUGGCAAUGACCCUUCCCAGAAAUUCCCAGAGGUCAAAAAUCCAGCUGGAACGGACAGUGUCCACCUCCUCUCAGCCUGAUGAGAGCAUGGGGAGGGCCAACGACCUGCUUCCCAAAAAGCUGGAAGAAGGCCCUGCUUUGACCAGAGAAAGACCAAAAGCAAAACUCUUGCCAAGGGGUGCCACAGCUCUCCCUUUCCGAACCCCCUCUGGUUUGGAAGAAAAGGAGAGUCCAGGGCUAGCAGCAGCUCCUAAGAGCAAAGAAAAAAACAGUGGCCCGCGGCAAGGGGCCCUUGAAGAUGGUGAGAGACCGGGGUGGUCCUCUCCAGUCAAGGCUGCAGCAAUACUUCCAACCACUCAUAACCACAAAGUGCCAGUCCUAAUCUCACCCACUCUAAAACACACUCCAGCAGACGUGCAGCUCAUUGGCACAGACUCUCAGGGUAAUAAAUUUAAGCUCUUAUCUGAGCAUCAGGUCACUUCUUCCGGCGACAGGGACCGGCCCAGACGGGUAAAACCAAAGUGUGCUCCACCUCCACCACCAGUGAUGAGGCUCCUCCAACAGCCAGCUGCUUGUGCAGAUGCAGCAGAAGAACUGAGCAACGGGGCAGGAGCGCAGCAUGGACUGGAAUCAAGCGAAGGGAGUAAGAAGGCAGCAGCAGCACCUGUUGGUGGAAAAUCCGGGAGGCCUGUGAUGCCUCCACCUCAAGUGCCUCUGUCAUCGUCUUCCACUUCCCCAGUGAAAAUGGCCAAUGGCACGGCUGGCGCAAAAGUAGCGCUAAGAAAGACCAAACAGGCGGCCGAGAAAAUCCCAGCAGACAAAAUCAGCAAGGAAGCACUGCUGGAGUGCGCAGACCUCCUCUCGAGUGCCAUCGCUGAGCCAACACCAAACAGCCAGCUGGUGGACACAGGGCAUCAGCUGUUGGAUUACUGCUCAGGCUACGUGGACUGCAUCCCACAUACACGCAACAAAUUUGCCUUCCGGGAAGCCGUGAGCAAACUGGAACUCAGCCUGCAGGAACUGCAGGUGUCCUCAACAGCUGCUAGUGUCCCUGGGGCAAACCCCGUCCUUAAUAACUUAUUGUCGUGUGUCCAAGAAAUCAGCGAUGUGGUGCAAAGGUAGCUACUGUCAGUCUGGGUAAGAGACGUACACAUGGGGAGGGGGGGACUUUUUUUCUGUACUGAUGCUUUCAAAAGGAAAGACUGAUACUUGAGUAUGUGAAGUACCUCAGAUCACUGAGUUCUCCUCACGUUUACAGGUUCAUCUCAGAAAAUGGGGAUGGAGAGGGUAGAUUAAAGCUGUAAGGGGCAGAACAGCAGAUGUUUGUCCCUACCUAGUCAGUCUGGUCUGCUUGGUAUGGCGAGGAAAGGAGGAUCCUUGCUCCUCCCUUGGAGAGGCAGGAGAACCAAUGGCAGGUUCUCUCUGGGAAGGAUGGUUUGGGGCUGGUGGCUGGAGUACUGGAGUGGCUGCAGGAUCCGCCCCAUCUGCACCACCGCGUGCUGUGGCCCCCGACACCGUGCGGAAAGGCGCAGGGGUGCUGGUGGUGCCAAGGGCUGAGCAGCUCUGCGGGAGGGUGCGUGCGGCUGGGGAAGGGUCUGAUGCACUGACAGUAUUCAGAGCUGCUGGAGGUGGAUGCACUAGCCCCGGUGGCG